GCACGGGCCCGUCCUGACUCUGCGCCUUCGCAAUGACCCCCGGCCAGAGCCGAGUUGAGAGUGAGGCUAACUCCAGCUGCGUUCCCUCCUGACUUUACAGCGGACUUCAACAUCUCAAGCCUCUCAGGUCUGCUGUCUCCGGCGCUAACAGAAAGCCUGCUAAUUGCUUUGCCCCCAUGUCACCUCACGGGAGGGAACGCCACACUGAUGGUCCGGAGAGCCAACGACAGCAAAGUGGUUAAAUCAGCCUUUGUGGUGCCUCCAUGCCGCGGGCGCAGGGAGCUAGUGAGCGUGGUGGACAGUGGGGCUGGCUUCACCGUCACCCGGCUCAGCGCCUAUCAGGUGACAGACCUAACACCAGGCACUAAAUACUACAUUUCCUACCGAGUACAGAAGGGGACAUCCACCGAGUCCAGUCCAGAAACCCCGAUGUCCACGCUUCCUCGAAAGAACAUGGAGUCUAUCGGGUUAGGAAUGGCCCGGACGGGAGGCAUGGUGGUCAUCACAGUGUUGCUGUCCGUUGCCAUGUUCGUGUUGGUCGUGGGCCUCGUCAUUGCCCUGGCGCUGGGUGCCCGAAAAUGAGAGGGCUCUCCUGCAUCACAGGCUCCUCCAAGAAGCCCAGCCUGCUUUCUCCCAGGAUCCAGUCACUGGUUUUUAUCCUUGUCUUCUCUUCCCUUCUCAUUGCAGUCCUGUGAGAACCGAUUUUCCUCUUCCACGUGCUCGGUUCUCACAAUAAAGUCUGGCCCGUC